CUCUCUGAUGUUAUGUCCUCUCAGUGCCUGUAGUGGUGCUGUAGGAGGCUGCUGGCUCUCUUCUUGAGCAGCCCCAGCAGCCCUGCCUUCUUUGCUGGAGAAUAUAUUCAGGGAUUCCCCUUAAUAAUCACCUACCCUCUGAGCACUUUGUACUUUUAAAAUAAUAAAAAGCCCCCCAAAGCUUUCUCCCCCACAAAAGCAGGAUCUCCUCAGAGCUAGGGGGGCAGCAGCUGCUCAGCACAGAGCCCGAGCCCAUUCCCGGUCCCUCUGCUGGGGAGGAAACUCUGAUCUGUCAGCCCAGCAGAGGGAAAGGGGGGAGAGGCGAGAGAGGAGAAAAAAAAAGCAGCUGGAAAGACAAUCUGCUUCAUCUGACUCGUCAUCAUUCCAGGAUAGUGGUCUCCUUGGGGCUCUCUCCUAACAUUGAUAUGGUACAGAAGAUUUAAAAUCAGCUGAUGUUCACAAGGAAUAGAGUCACGUGAUGUAUGAAGGCAAACACAUACACUUCUCUGAGGUUGACAAUAAGCCCUUGUGCUCCUAUAGCCCCAAACUGUGCAAGCAGAGGCGACUUAACGGCUACGCCUUCUGUAUCAGACACGUUCUGGAGGACAAGACUGCCCCCUUCAAGCAAUGUGAAUAUGUGGCCAAGUAUAACAGCCAACGCUGCACCAACCCUAUCCCCAAAUCUGAGGACCGUAGGUACUGCAACAGCCACCUACAGGUACUUGGCUUUAUACCUAAAAAGGAGAGGAAGAAAAAGAAUGAUCCAAUAGAGGAAGUGAAGGUCAGGCACCAGAUGGAUGCUAUGGCCUUCAGUCUGACCGUGCCCACACUGGCCUUGAAGAUGUCCAAUGGACUGGAUGGGAUGUCCCUCUCUCCACCAGGGGCUAGGCUUCCUCUCCACUACCUGGAAGCAGAACUAGAAGAUCCCUUUGCUUUCAAUGAGGAGGAGGAUGACUUAAAGAAAGGGGCAACAGUGAGGAAAAAGUUGCAGAGCAAGUUGGCCCAAAACCGGCAGCGCCAGAGAGAAACAGAGAUUUUAAAAGUUCACCAAGAGCACUUUAGCCCCCUUCCUGCACCUUUGCAGCAGCAGCCACUGCAGCAGCAGCAGCACUCCCAUCUGCCACCUUUAUCAACUUCUUUAAAGCCUACAGGGCUACCGCAGGGCUUAGUCUGCAAGUCACCUCAACCUCAGAACACCAGCCUACCAAUGCAGGGAGUGGCACCCACCACACACACUAUAGCACAAGCAAGGCAGAUGUCUAACAAGAGACCCCUGCCUCUCCUGCCACCCACCAGGGCUCCUGUCAUGGACCCACCAAGGACUGAUCGGGUCCUCAUGAAAGCCACAGCCUUCUCUCCUCACUCAUCCUGCAUGAGCCGGCUACAGAGACUGGUGAAACUGUGCACUCGAAAACAGCAGCUGGAAACUGAUCUGUUUCCACAUUUAGGUAGGUCAGAUGAUGAUGAUGCAGAUAGCAGGAGUUCCAGGGUGACCCAACUUUGCACUUACUUUCAGCAGAAAUAUAAGCACCUCUGCCGCCUGGAGCGGGCAGAAUCUCGUCAGAAGAAAUGCCGGCAUACGCUCCGGAAAGCUUUGCUGCAUGCGGCCAGCAGAGAGCCGGAAUGUGCUGGGCAACUGAUACAGGAACUCCGAAGAGCUACAUGCACUUGGACCAGCACAAGCCAAGCCAAGCAGAGAGAUGCAGAACCAACAACAUGUUGUGGAACUGUGAAGGGUGAACAGUGCACUAACAAGGCCCUUCCAUUCACCAGGCAUUGUUUUCAACAUAUCCUAUUGAACCAUUCUCAGCAGCUCUUCUCAAGUUGCACAGCCAAGUUUGCAGAUGGGCAGCAGUGUUCCGUGCCAGUUUUUGACAUUACACAUCAGACACCUCUGUGUGAAGAACAUGCCAAAAAAAUGGAUAAUUUCUUGAGAGGGGACAGCUCCCGUAAAGUUCAGCACCAGCAGCAGAGGAAACCCAGGAAAAAAACGAAGCCACCUGCACUUACCAAAAAACACAAGAAGAAAAGAAGGAGGGGACCACGUAGGCCCCAGAAACCUAUUCCUCCUGCAGUGCCCCAAGGGAACCUCAGCAUGCCCACCAGCAUCUCACUGCCAGUGGAGAUCUCCCACAUACGGAGCCCCUCCACGCCGGAGUUGAGUACAGAUGAGCUGCCCGAUGACAUCGCCAAUGAAAUCACAGACAUUCCACAUGACUUGGAAUUGAAUCAGGAGGACUUUUCUGAUGUCCUACCACGGCUGCCUGAUGACUUGCAAGAUUUUGAUUUCUUUGAAGGUAAAAAUGGAGACCUCCUUCCUACUACCGAAGAGGCGGAGGAACUGGAACGGGCUCUGCAGGCUGUAACUUCUCUUGAGUGCCUGAGUACCAUUGGAGUACUUACACAAACAGACGGUGUGCCAGUUCAGGAGCUAUCAGAUAGAGGGAUAGGGGUGUUCACCACAGGUGCUGGAGCUCCAGGAAUGCAGUCCUUGAGCAGAGAGGUUAACACGGACCUGGGGGAGCUGUUGAAUGGGCGUAUAGUACAUGAUAAUUUCUCCAGUCUGGAGCUGGAUGAGAACUUGCUCCGUUCUGCUACCUUGUCUAACCCACCUACGCCCCUGGCAGGGCAGAUCCAGGGGCAAUUCUCUGCCCCAGCCAACGUCGGCCUUACUUCUGCCACUCUGAUAAGCCAGAGUGGACUUGGGGAGAGAGCCUUCCCAGGACAGUUUCAUGGACUUCAUGAUGGCAGCCAUGCCUCCCAGAGGCCACACUCUGCCCAGCUGCUGAGCAAGGCAGAUGACCUAAUCACCUCACGACAGCAAUACAGCAGUGACCAUUCGCACUCCUCACCCCAUGGAAGCCAUUACGAUAGUGAGCAUGUGCCGUCUCCCUACAGCGACCAUAUCACAUCCCCCCAUGCCACAUCCUAUUCUGGUGAUAACUUGGCAGCUACCUUCUCAGCAGAGAUGCCCAUUAUGGCACAGCACUUGCUCCCACCGCAGCUGGAGGUGCCACUUAGCGGGGUGGUGAACCCCAGAACUCACUGGGGAAAUCUCCCUGUCAAUCUUGGCGACCCCUCUCCGUUUAGCAACCUUCUUGGUGCCGAUGGACACCUUCUUUCCACCUCCCUGUCCACACCACCUACCACCUCGCACUCAGAGACCACACAGCCUGCCUUCGCCACUGUGACCCCCAACAGCUCCAGUGUGCUUCCGGGGUUACCGCAGACCAGUUUUAGUGGCAUGGGUCCUGCCUCUGCUGAACUAAUGGCCUCCACUUCCCCCAAACAGCAACUCCCUCAGUUCAGCGCAGCCUUUGGCCAUCAGCUGAGCUCCCACAGUGGCAUUCCUAAGGACCUGCAGCCCAGCCACAGUUCCAUAGCUCCUCCCACAGGCUUCACAGUAACAGGUGCCACAGCUACGAGUACCAAUAAUGCAUCUGCUCCCUUCACCACCUCUGACUGAGCUGAUUGGUCUGUAUUUGCAGGCAGAUGGGGACCCUGUGUUUUCUAUCUUCUUUUCCCUCUUUAUUGUCCUCCCCUUCCUCGGAAGAGGAUGUUUUGUUUUGUUUUGUUUUUUUAAAAAGAGGGGGUUAAAAAUAAACCUCCUGCUUCCGUACAGACCAGGGUGGCCCCUCCGUGAACCUUGCUCUAGUGUUCACAUGUGCUGUUUAUGCACUGGUGCUCAUUUAUUACUGGCAGGUUCACCAUACCCCAAAAAUGUCCUUAAGGAUACAGCACAGUUACUGGAUGUAGUUGACCUUAGCAGUAAGACCUAGAAAUGGGACGAUACCUCAAAUUACCAAUGCACGUUACUGUUUCCUAGGGUUCAGAUCAGUGCUUUCCAUCCCAUUAGCAUGUCACGUAGGAAGUUUUUAUAGUGGGGGAAAAGUCUCUUGGUUUAAAAAAAAAUAAAUAAAAAAGGUAGCAUCUGGGCAUGGAAAGUUGGCUCCACACUUGGGUUUGGUAAUGGUUCACCGAAGCACUCAAGACCAUGGUUCAAUUAUUCAUUUGACUACUCCUUAAAAAUAGUCUUUUGACCUCCUCUGUGGGCGUGUGUGUGUUUGGGGGAGCAGCAGUUCCUUGUCAUCUGCUGCUGAGACAACAGUAAUUGUGUCCCCUUCCGAAAUGGGUCACUGUUCCUACUGAAUGUUGAUUUAUUUUCAUUAUUUUAGGUUCAUUGAGCAGAGAGGCAAUGACUAGGGCAAAUAGGUUUUACCUGUUUGCCCAGGGCGCUGAGGGUUGUUGCUGUUUCAAAGGUUAGCCCAGGGAGAAAAGACAAGAAAAUGGAAAGAUUGGAAUAAAUAAUGGUCUAGUCAAGACUCAUGCAGAAAUUCCCACCAGUGCUGAAUUACUGUGGCGUUGUAGUGUUGAUGAUUUGCCUUUUCAAAUGUGGCUUUGUCCAGAACUCUGCAUAGAAGGUGUUUCGUAGCUGAAACUGGAAGAAUUCUAUUGGUAUGUAUCCGUACGUUACCCAUUCAAACAAAUCUACGUCAGGCCCCUUUGGUAAUUUUAAAAUUACUGAACUUCUCAAACUAUCUGUUGCUGCUGAGACUCUUUCUAUAAUAGUUGUGAUUUUGUACCAGGAGCCAUACGGUUUUUGAGACACUUGUGAGACUGAUGCUCUGGAUGUGAAGUUGAAUGUAUGUGGGAACCAGCGGGUACAUAUUUGUGGUUACCACUAACCAAAACCAAACUUACUUAAGCAAAAUAGGGAAAUUCCUUCUAUCCACAACACCUUGUUGCUUUCAUUGCCUGUUUGCUGAAAAUGGUUUUAAGUCUCCUUGGUCAUAAUGUCAGCUCCUUAUAAAGGCAGUGGAUUCCUCUUAUAUCUGUUUCUUCCCUAAAGGAGAAUAACAAAAUCACAAGGAGUUUGCUUGAAUCAUUUAAUCUCCCUCUUCUCCCUUCCCUCCCUGUCCCAAAAAAGGGAAUGUGCUUGAGAAAAUUGUGACUUUAUAAGGCUCUAACUAGCCACUAUGUGAAAGUAAUUCCUACCUGAUGGCUAUAAAAAGUCUCCAUUGUUUGGUUUGCUUCUAAGAUGCAUAUGAGAGAAGAUGAAAAAGCAAAGCAAAUCUUUCUCUCCUCAUGUUGAAGGCAGUUUCAUUAUGAGGGUUAAUAAUUUCUUUGAGCAAGGGAUUAUUCAGCUGAGUUCAGUUAUUCCCUGGUAUGUGGAGAGUAAAGUAUCUUCCCUCAAUAUAUGUAUUCUGUUUAUGUGAGUGAUGAUGGGGCCCAAACCCUCUGCUCCCAGACUUCUGAGGGUAGGGAUUGAGAUCUGGAUCCAAACUUCUUGGGUGCAGCCCAUCUCGGGUGUAUAUCCCACUAGUUAUAGCCAUUCCCUUCUUUUUAAAAGCUUUGUCCUUUUUUAAUUAUAAAGGAAUAAGCCCUUUGGGUACAUCCCUUGCUGAAAUUACAAGCAUAUGUGGGUGGAGGGGGAAACAUUUAUUUUCAGGUUUUUGAUAUUGGGAAAUCCUUAUUCCCAAACUUGGUAAAACAGGGCUUAAUAUUCUAAUAAAUCCCAGUGUUCUUAAGUGUGGUCUAAGUUUGUCUGUAACUGAUUUAAACGUUUUCAAAUUGUGUCAUAAAUUGAAAUGAGGCUUAACAAAACCUCACUAUAUUGUCCCACUGAUUGAGGAAUGCCCACUGAUAUUGUGAAAUGAGGAAGAGCUGAUAGGGCUUUAUAUAUUCUGUUCUCUUCUCUUCCCCCAUGUUUGUGAGGAGACAAAUGUUUGAUUUGCAUUAUUUUCCAUUGUGUUAAUAUACCUUCUUUAGUGUAUUGAGAUGAUUGAUUGAAAAAGAAGGGUGAACUAGUUUGCCAAAUGGGUAAAUGAUCAAUUGUUAAAUCUGCCAGUAUUAAAUGUCAUGUGACUGUAUGUUCUACAGAUUAGUUUGAGGAUUUUGAUUAUUGAAAUAUUUCUCGUGCUCAUCAAAAUUUGUAAUGGAACAGCAGCCUGUUCUCAUCUUCCCACACGUUCAUCACUUCCCCUUACCUACCAGUAGAGAAAACGCUUGGGCCCAAUUUCUGUUCUCAGUUACAGCCGUGUAAAUCAUGAAGUAAUUCUCUUAGCCAGAUGAGUUACUAUGGAUUUACACCGAUGUAACUCAGAACAGAAUCUGGCUCUUAAUCUGAUCAUUUAUUUAGGCUGGGAUUUUCCAAGAUGCCCAAGAGAAUGUAGGUGCAUAAUUCCCAUUUGAAAUCAGAUUCCCAUAAGGCAACUUCAGAAGUCUCACCCUUUAGAUCUCAGCUUUAUGGAUCUGUGGGGGAUUUUUUGUAAACAUUGGCUGCAUAACAUUUUUCAUGAGAAGAUUGAGUUUGCAAAAACUGCACUACUUUAAAAAAGUUUUCUAUUUGACAUGCAUUAGAAAAGGAAUCCCUAUCUACUUUCCAGUACAAAGCUUUGAAAUGGUCAAGAUUGUUGCCAGAUGCAGGUUCACCUCAUCUAAUGGAAGUAUAACUAAUUUAAUGAAGUUGCAUCCUAGUAAGUGGUUCUGAUUUUAGGUCCUAAAUCUGCAGUGAGCACCACGCAGGUGGAUCCCUAUACCCACACAAAGCCCACUGACUUCACCUGCAUAGAGAUCAGUGCAGGAUCAGCACCAUAGUGUUGUGGGAAGAGUAGUGGAGCCAAGGACAAGGGGUUAUGCAGCCAGACACUUGGCUUCUCUCCCGCCAGGAAAUACGUUUGCUCCAUAUGGGAUUUGUCUUGGUUCUUACGGCUGCCAUUGAUACGGUUCUCAUUCAUCCUGCCUUGAAAAGGGUGCAUCUCCUGUAAUACAGCAAUUAGCACUAAUUACCCUUUCACCAAAGAGUCAGUGUAGCAAUUCCAAUCCAUUUGUUGAAAUGAUCAGUAUCCGCUGUGCUACUUAUACAUGAAAUGAAUAGAAUAAACCUAGUUUAGUAACUAAAAAUUAUGUUCUUUCUAUAAAUUUGGGGUUUUAAAGAAUUAGAAGGCAUUUGACAGAGAAGUUUAGAAGCAAUAAUGUCCGUUUGGGUAGUAAUGUCAGGUGAUUUUUAGCACAGAGGCCUAAGAAUUGGCGGAGAUUACACUCUUGACAAAGAUUAGCUUUGCUUGGACAGUUUAUGGAGGCCAAUGAGGGACAGCAUGAUACUGGCCUGGUUUAUAAAGCAGUUACACUUAAUAUAUAUAUUCCAUAUUGUGAGAAUUUCCCUUGACCAUUCAGUUUUAGUCAAAUUUAACACUGGUGCAAGCAGACUCAGCUCCCAUUGGCUGUUUAAUGGGAAAGGAGGGGUGAAAUGAAAGGCUGGUCCAUUGGCUCUACUAAUUGCUAUAUUAUGAGAAGCACCUUUGAAUAUCAUCCACCUUUCGUUUGGUCAAGACGUUUGUUUGUUUCCUUGCCUCUGCUGAUUGCCCUUAUGUAUUUGCACAUCUUAACAAUGAACAUUUGUUCAAAAAUAACUUACUGCAGUUCUGCUUAACCUACUGAGUGCCAGACUAUGCAAUAGAAGGACUUUCCAGUUUCAUGUCAUAGGUUAGUGAAACAAAGGACUGUUUUCUUGAGCAAUUUAAGGUUCUCAUUUGGUAAGCAUUUCUAGGGUCCCUCCUUGAGAAGCUUGUAAUCUGCCAGCAAACAUUGGAGAUGAGAUUGCAAGCGCAAAUGCAAGAGAAAUAUUUUUGCUGUCAGGAAUGUGUGUUUGUUCUUCAGUGGGAGUGGGCAGAGGAAGCUAACUUUUAAAAAAAUAGUAGCUUCAUUGAAAGCUAUAUUACUGACUUCAUGAAUUGCUUUCAUUGGCGAUCAUGAUCCUAACAUUUAGACAUUGAGAGGGCAGAUUCUCAGCUGGUUUAAAUAAGCAUGGCUGUAUCAGCUUCAUUGAAGCUGUGCUAAUUUACCAGAGCUCAAGCUCUGGCUGCGAGAGUCUCACCAGGAACACAGAACAGAAUUGAGUUUGUUAAAGCUUUCUCUGACCGCUGAAUUACCCUGUUGGAAAACUAAGUUCACCAAGUAAGAGGAAAAUGAGUCCUUGGAGAGUAUGCCUUCACUUCAAAAUUAGCCCAGGCGUCCUAGUCUGGGCACCUGUGUUAGGCCUGGUCCACACUAACCCCCCACUUCGAACUAAGGUACGCAAAUUCAGCUACGUUAAUAACGUAGCUGAAUUCGAAGUACCUUAGUUCGAACUUACCGCGGGUCCAGACGCGGCAGGC